AGGGUGAUUGAGAGUCGCGAAAGAGAAGUAAAGAAGGAUGUGAUUAAGGCACUGUCGGUGUUAGAUGCUCCCACAACACCAUCACCUGGUAAUGCUUCCACAGCACCACCACCUCAUUAUACUCCUAUAACACCACCUCAUAAUGCUUCCACAAUGCCACCACCACUAUCACAGAAUAUUCUUAAACGUUCUCUUGAUAUUUACGAGACAGGUUUCGAAAUGGAUUGGGCGCCUUGGAAGUUUGACAUUACAAUAAUAAGUAAUGUAAACAUAGAAUGCGUACUUAUGAGCUUGCAUGAAAAAUGA